AUGGACACCCCAGAUAGGCACAGCCUACACCACAAAGACUCCCAAGCGACGCUCAUCUCGCUCCUGCAACUCGACCCUUCGCCGAUAGAUUCGCCGUCCCCAUCGACGGCAGACAAGAAGAUUGACUUUUCUCCCGAUGAAAUCGAUACUUUAGAAGGAAGCAAUGGCUCAAUACUCAGUGGUACAACUGUCACUGCAGGCACAACAAACCAUGUCGGCUUGGGUGGUAGUCAUGGUGCCAUAUACUACUUAACCCGAAUUCAAAAAUACUCUUCCUACGCAAUGGGAAUCUUCACCACUCUCCACCUCACCAACGUGUCUCUCAUCCCAGCCAUCACCCGCUCCGUCGCCGGCUCCGAAACCUACCUCCUCAUGACGCGCGAAAUCUACCAAACCUCCAUCACAGAACCGCUCCUCGUCGCGCUCCCCGUCAUAGCACACGUCGGAUCCGGAGUAGCUCUCCGUCUACUACGAAGAUGGCAAAACAUGAAGCGGUACGGCGGUGGCACGCCAGGCAUGUACGCGCUGCAUAGGAUGCGAGACGCGCUGUCUGGAAAAGACGGCGUUAAUGCCGUACGUUUGUGGCCGUCGUUGAGCUAUAUAUCCAUCUCUGGGUACGCAUUCACAUUAUUCUACGGAGCGCAUGUAUUCAUGAAUAGGAUACUACCGCUGGUCAUUGAAGGGGAUAGCUCUAAUAUCGGUCUGGCUUACGUUGCGCACGGCUUUGCCAGACACCCGUUUACGUCGAGACUCGCGUAUCUGGGGCUACUGGCCACAGCGAGUGGGCACAUGGUAUGGGGUCUGGCAAGAUGGCUCGGCAUGGCGCCGUCGACACAGGGCUGGCGAGGGAAGGAGAGCGUCGUCGUGGAUAAGAAGACGAAGAGGCAGCGGAGGAGGAAGUGGCUUGGCGUCCAUGGAGUUGCGGUUGGAGUUGCGGCGUUGUGGGCGAUUGGGGGCUUGGGAGUCGUUGCAAGGGGAGGAUUGACGGAUGGGUGGGUUGGCAAUGUGUAUGACGGGUUGUUUAGGAGUGUGGGGAUGUGA